AAAGUCUAAAGUCCAAUCGAAAGCAUACCGAGCGAAAAAGGCGCACAAAUUAUAACAAAGUGAUAUACUGAUAUGAACAAAAUGAAAUUUUUCGACAUUUUUGUCAUAAUCGACGUUGAUUUCUUUCUGCGUUUAAUCAUUUCCUAAUCAUUCGUCCACGUGCAUCCGUCAUUUAUAAAGAUUCUAAUCACGCAUGUGUGAUGUCCGGACCUGUCAGAAGGAGGCGAGCACCGCCGGAACCUAAUUCAGAGAUGAAUACAUUAUGUGUAAAAUCGAAUGAUAAGCUGCCCCUGACUAUAAAAAAGAGCUCUCAAGUGUCUUCUUCUAAUUUUCAGUUGAAAAAAAGGACAACAAAAGCUUUAAAAAAAAUGCAGGAGCAGGACGAGAAUAAUGUACCACUUGUUGCAAAAGUUGCAGUCGAAGAAGGGUUGAAAAAUCGUAUCCCUGCUACAAGUUUUAAUUUUUUAAAGUACGACUCAAAGAAUAAAAAUCGUGCACCAACAGUGAAAUCUCCUGUUCUCCGAGAUAGAACGAAUGAGGUUUCAGGCUUUUUAAAAACUGAUCUCUCGCCAAUUGUUGUACUCUCCAAGAUCAAACCAAAAGUGAUAAAUAAGAAACCUGAAGUAAUCCUGGAACGUUUAGAUCAGCUUACUUUCGAAAUAAAUUCGGAUGUAGGAAAAAAGGAGAAAUUACAUAUUUCAAAGAAUAACGAAGACAAAACCUCGCAACCUCCAGAGCAAAUCAAGUUAACUCAAAUGUAUUCUGAUCAAGGAAAAACGGGCUUAACAGUAAAAAGAGUUUCAAGAACAAAGAUUGCACAGGUAGCUGCCGAGAGAAAUAGACUACAUGAUGCAUCGAUUCCAAAAACAAAAAAAUUCUUCAAGUCUGGAAACUCUAAGAAGAAACCCAUAAUCCUUGUGGGAAAAGAAUUAGAUAAAGGAGCUGUAGGAAAACGAAAGAUUGUGAAGAAGAAAACUAGGGAUGACAGUUCUGUCAGUUUUAUUGUAACCACGCCUGAAAAAUGUUUACCUGGCGAAGAGAAAAAAUUGCGUCCUCGCCAAGAAUUAAAAAAUUACUGUGAAGAUAGUAAACUGCUUGAGCAGCUUUCUCCGAAGAAAAGAAAGAGUAUUGUCGUUAUGGAGAAGCUUCCCGAUCCUAAGGCAAAGAAACUACCAAUAUGGAAAUCUGUCAAAUUUCAUGAGCCUGAACAUAAGGGUAAAGAUAUAUACGAGAUUUCAGACGGUGAUAUUUCUGGUGAAGAACAUAGACCCAAGAAAAGGAAAAAAACCAAUAGAAAACCAGUAAAACGGUUGAAAAAAGCUGUAAGGUCUGUGAAUACUGUGAAGUCAACGGAGACAGUCAAAUCUGCAAAGUUAGUGAGGAUGGUUAACAAACGAACUUUUGAGGAUAUUUCAAAAAAGCAUGAAGAUGACCCAAAGCUGGAUUCGAAAAUUCAACCAAGACCGAAGAUGAUUUCAAUAGAGGUUUUGGAGAACGCACAGAAAAUAAAAAUUGUGCCAAGUUCUUUGCAACCAGGCCCACCUAAAGAAUUUAGACCGUUUCGAGUGACGCAGGUUUUUCAUCGUCGCCCUACAAUAGAGAAUAAUAUGUCUGAUCACUCUCUCCUAUCCAAAUCUAUAUCACCUAUUGCUAGAUUAGAAGAUAAUACAAAUCUGGCUACUCCGUGGCGUAUACCAACCGUUGGAAGUUUCUCUUGCGUCCGGAAUUUGGUUCAGAGUACUCCGCAAGAGAAAGAAAUAUUCGAUAGGCCAAAACUGGGUUCCUUAGCGAGUAAAAGUACGAUGAUUGACAAGCAAAAAAUAAACCGAAUUGAUGAGAACAAGGCAGAUAGCGUACAAGAGAUACCAAGAAAUUCAAAAAGCAAAAUCAGUCCUGCUAAAAUUAUCAACGUAAACGAAAAACCAAAAGGAAAAGGUGAAUCUGUUGGUAUGGUUAUCCCCAUAGAAGCUGCCAUGCAAAAUUCACUUGAUUUUGAUAUUGAUGCAGAAGACAAAGAAAACGCGGUUCCAAAUUAUCAGAGUCCUCAGAAGACAGCAGAAAAGAAGAACUGGAGAGGGACGCCGGUUUUCGAAACUCAACCUGGACCCUCCAGUUUACAGAGACAACCUUUACAUGAAGCUAAAAUCUUGCGGCAAACUAAUCUAAAUAAUUUCUUAAAUCUAGAUGACACACCAGAAAGAACUCAAAUACGAACCGCACAUGGAAUUUUUGAUGAUGUGCAUUCUACUCCGAUUAAUAUUAAGCCUUUAAAGAAAAUAUACGAACCUAAUGUCGAAAAUGCAUUUGGCUUUGACGAUGAUGAUUUUGACGUAUCACAAAUGGCUUCUGAAAAUGUGGAGUUCGUUAUACCACCUUCAAAGGGGGUUUUACAUGAAACAGGAAUGCGAAGUAGGAAUGUUCAAAAGGAAUCAAUAGGGGCAAUGCCCUUGAGAUUGCCACCAAAAGAGAUUUUGAAAACUUUGCAUAAACGUCGCAUAGAGAAAAAAAUAAGGGAUAAAGCAGAGGAUAAAGUCGUAAGCAAUAAAAUACAUCAGCCUAAUAACGAACACGAAAAUCAGAAGGAUGAUCAAGAAAAUGAUAGUGUGAAAAAAGUGGAUACUGCAACAAACUUUUCUGACACUUUUGAUUUGUUUGAGGAUGUGGAUGUGCAGCAUGGUGGAUCAUCAGAUAAAAACGAGUCGUGUGCAUUACCUUUGUUUGCGGAUUUGGAACCACCAACUCACUUUGUAACUCCUCCAAAAUCCAUUUACAAGCGCAAAAGAGUUGAAAAAUUUAGCUUCUCUGAUGUAAGCGAAAACGAAGAAAACUGUGAUGUGGAAAACAGGAAAAUGAAGAAAAAGGCCAAAAAAACGUGCAAAGAAGACAAGAAACUGGACGAAUGGGCGAAGAACGUUAAUAAAACAUUUCAGGAAAUUGACAACUUUGACCUGGUUGUUGAAUGAAAUUUUAUUUAAAAUGUAUUUAAGUCCU